GGUUUUUAAGCAGAGACGUGCCACUCUUAUAUGUCUUAUUGUUUGUUAUAUGAUCUGGAUAUUUAUAUCGAGACCUCCUGCUGUACUGUAUUUUUCUAGCUCUAGUAAGUGUUAUGGGGAAUUGGUGAAAUAUGCAAUUGAAUACAUUGGGAAAUUAGUACUGUUGACCUGCUUGUGGUUGUGGUGGUGAUCAUUCCCUUUAUUAGGAGUACAAACAAGCAAACCCUCCUCCACAUAUUGCAUUCCAAUACCCAUUUUAUCAAAUUACAGUGAUUGUUAUGUUUUGUUGAAUAUGGAGGUGCAUUCUACUGCUUCAUCUUCCCCUCAGAUUUUAAGCCUUUUCCCUCAGACAACAAUGGAAACAGAGCAGAAAAUGGAUCUUCAGGCAAAUGGGUUGCCAGGAAACCGAAGUGGGUAUGCGGAAUAUGAUUUGGGGUCACCCACAGGAGCAUUUCUUGUGCACCCACCUGACCAGCAGGUAUACCCGAGAGUGUUUCAGGUGGAACCGCCGGAGCAGGAAGUGUACCCAAAUGUGUUUAAGGUCGACCCACCUGACCAACAGGUUUAUCCGUCUGCUCUGGCGGAGCAUGAGGCAUUGCUGGCCAAUCCUACAUACUUCUACAGCUUGUUCAACAAUUUCCAUGCAUCUCUUGGAACCAGGCUAACAGUACCUAAUAUAGGUGGCACAGAAUUAGACCUCCAUUUAUUGUAUAGACAAGUCACUGCAUGUGGAGGGCUUGAGCAGGUUAUCAAGGAGAGAAGGUGGAAAGAAAUAGCAAUUGCUUUAAAACUCCCAAGCUCUAUUGUAAAUCCUUCAUAUGUACUUCGCAAACAUUAUGGAGAUCUGCUUUACCAUCUUGAACAAGUUUAUUAUUUUGGAGCACAGGGGCAACUUGCACCCCCUCCUGGUCCAUUGCCUGCUCCUUGUCCUUCUGGGAAGUCCAUUGACAACGCAAUUUCAUACUAUCCUCAAGUUAAUCAAGAUCAGUCAAGAAAGAGAAAGAAAAAGAAGACUGAUCCCUCUGACAUCUAUGGAGUGGAUCCUGGUGCUUCCAUUGGGCAAAUUGUUACAGGAUCCAUUGAUAAAAAAGUUGAUAAUGGAUACUUGGUUACUGUAGUAGUAGGUUCAGAAAAGCUUAAAGGUGUUAUGUAUCAUGUUCCAACAGAAAAUACAGUCCAACAAUAUGCAGUUGUGCCAGGGCUGAUGUCCAAUGUAGGUUGUGAGAUGAAUGCCCCUGGACUAGAGGUACAAGUGACUGAUAAAAAGAAAGAACUCGUACGUAAAAGAGAUCCCAAUGCUCCUCGUCGAUCAAGAAAUGGGUACAAUUUCUUUUAUGUUGAGCAACUUGCUAGGUUCAAAGAGAGUUAUGCACAGACAGAUCAUCAAAUUAAAAAAAUGGUGAUUGAUAUGUGGAACAGACUUUCAGAGGAGGAAAAAUUGCCAUAUAUUGAACGGGGACAGCAAGAUACAAAAAGGUACAAGAUAGAGAUGAAAGCAUAUGCAGAGAAGAUGAAAUCUCAAGCCUCCAGUGAAGGCUACAAUGGUGACAAUGCUCUGGAGGUUACUGAUCAGCAGACUGAAGGAAAUGGUAUGGCUUCGUACUUUAAUGAUGUUAGCUAUGAUUACCAUGUGUCGCUGGAAGCAGAAGCAGAUACCACUUCUUUCCAUACACAUCCUCAGCAAGAACUUCCCUCCAGGGUAAUAGGAGUUCCCGCCACAGAUCAUGAAGCAUAUUCUGGUGAAGAUGGGAAUGUGUAUUCAGUGCCUUUUCCACAACCACAGAUUUCCGAGUCAGAGCUCCGGAACUCUAGUGGCUUACAGCAGACAAAUGAAGCUUCUGGUGAUCCCUGCUGCUACCAAACUGAGUCAAAUGCUUGUCAACCAGGUUUUGUUCCAUGUUCAAUGACAUCAGAGCAAUUGUAUUGGAUGCAAAGUACACAGUCAUAUAAUCUCCAAAAUGAUGGACAGACCUUAACUCUCUAUCCCCCAAAUCCUUUCAGUUAGCAUGAUUGUUCGUAGCCUGUCAUUUCUUAAUAUAUCUGGUAACAGAGGAUAUAGUAUUUUCCCAUCAUUAUCUUUUGUCCAUUUGGCUAAUGGAGCUUCUAAGAAGAAUCAGUCCAUGUAAAAUAGGCUCAUUAAUGAGCAUCUUAUUUUUAUGUUUCUCAAGAUGCUCACGCAAUGUGUGAUGGACAUUAAAGCAUAUGUUCCGUCUUUUAAUCGAUGGGCACUGCCUUGCAGAACAAGGAUGAAAUUCCUUUCAUUAACCACAGAUCAAGUUUUUUUAA